GAUAGACAGGAGAGAUUGAUCUCAAAUCUGACUCCGAGUGAGAACUCGCUCUCCCAUCUGUACAUAUUUUCCGCUCAAAUUUUCCCGAGAUCCAAUCGACGCUUCGCCGCGAGAAAAUCCAACAAUGUCUACGACAUUCAGCGGAGAUGAAACUGCUCCUUUCUUUGGCUUCCUCGGCGCCGCUGCUGCUCUCGUAUUCUCCUGUAUGGGAGCUGCCUAUGGGACGGCGAAGAGUGGUGUCGGAGUGGCCUCGAUGGGCGUGAUGCGUCCGGAGCUGGUGAUGAAGUCGAUUGUACCGGUUGUUAUGGCUGGUGUUUUGGGUAUUUAUGGAUUGAUCAUUGCUGUUAUCAUCAGUACUGGGAUUAACCCUAAGGCCAAGUCUUAUUACCUGUUCGAUGGUUAUGCGCAUCUUUCUUCUGGCCUCGCUUGUGGUCUCGCUGGCCUCUCUGCCGGAAUGGCAAUCGGGAUCGUCGGUGAUGCUGGUGUUAGGGCAAAUGCACAGCAACCAAAACUCUUUGUUGGGAUGAUCCUGAUUCUCAUCUUUGCUGAAGCACUGGCCCUCUAUGGCCUCAUUGUCGGUAUCAUAUUGUCUUCCCGUGCUGGCCAAUCCAAAGCCGACUGAAAAUGGAGUUCCCUACAACCCUUGUAUUACUUAAAAUGUUAUUCUAUUUGGAAAGGCGAGGGGAAAAAGAAAAGGUUUCAGAUUUUUUUAGGACACAUUGGCACUUGCAGGGACCAUCAAAUUCUUGAGUGUGAAGGGUAUUGGCGCCAAAUGCAUUCAUCUUGUGGCUGCUAUCUGGGCUGUUUGUAGAGUAGAUUGGGUGUCUGUGUAGUAGAAUAAGAGGCUCCUUAAGCUCUCGAGUGAUUCUGUCCAUUGAAAGUACUCAUCCAUUAAAUUUCAGAUCAGUGUGGAGACUGCAGGCGUAUUUUGGAACUAAUGUGUUUUGUCACGUUUGGCUUAUCUAAUCUGGGUUCUGCUAAUAUUGUCAUAAUGCUAUUUCUGAUCAUUUCUGGCCAAUAUUUGUGAACUAUACUAUUGGGAUCCAAUCAAAGUUCCUUCGUUAAAGGGGAACUUCGUCCUCCUAAUC